AUGGGCAUUCGCGAAAUUCAAAACAACGAGAAUGUGCAAGUGAGUGUCAUCAGCAUAGCAGCAUAUUUCCUUUUUAUACUGGGAGUUGUGGUCGCCUGCAACGUUGUUCAUGCACUCCUAAAGCGUUUGUCACAACCUCGUAUGAUCUCUGAGAUUAUUGUAUCUUUAGUUGUUGUAGGGACAGGGCUUUACGAGAAGUUGCUGGACACAAGCUUUUACCGCGAACGAGGAGAUCAACUAAAGUUGUUCGUAAACGUGUUGAGCCAGUGUGGGAUGAUAGGGUACAUGUUUACUCUAGGUCUGGAAAUGGACCCUCUAACCCUCCUCCGCCGACCGCCCCGUGAAGCCAAAAUGGCUUACGCCGCGAUGCUCAGCUCCUUCAUCUUGGCCUUUUCCCUCACGCCGGGCCUCCGUCUCUGGAACAACACCGCCGCGCUUUCCUUCCUCACCUCCGUGCAGCUCUCUAGCACGGCGUUCCCGCUGCUGACGCGCAUGAUCACGGACCUGAAGAUCGGGAAAUCAGACAUCGGGCGGUUCACGGUGGCCGCGGCUAUGCAUUCGGACCUACUGUCGAACCUGCUGAUGAUCCUGGGGUACAUAUGCUCGUGCAAGAAGGAGGAUUUGGUGGGGGUGGUGUGUGGGGUGCUCAUCCAAGUGAUGUUCACGUACAAGGUGGGGUGCAUUCUGAUAAAUUGGGUGAACCAGAAGAACCCACCCGGGGGGCCGAUGAGGGAGAACCACCUAGUGUUGGCGGUGGCGUUCGUGGGGAUCAUAUGCGUGUGGCUGACGGCCAUGAAGCUAGUGCUACCCUACAGUGUGUUCAUGACGGGGCUGUUUCUGCCGAGGGAGGGGAGGGUGUCGAAGAUAAUGGUGAGGAAGCUUGAGUUGAUACUGAGCAGGGUGUUGUAUCCGAUCGUGUUCGUGAACGUGGGGUUGGGGGUGAAGUUCUUUUUCGCGGACAGCACGGGGGGGAUGGUGCAGUUUUGGGAGGUGCUGGAGAUGAUAGGGAUGGCCAGCGGGAAGAAGCCGUGGGGGAGUUGGCACAGACACUUUUGGGGUGAGGCGUUUGGGAUGGUGGGGAUUGUGGUGGUGGGGAAGGUGCUGGGAGCAUUGCUUGCGGGGAAAAUGCUGUUGGGUAUGCAUUGGAAGGAGUCUGGUUCCAUUGGCUUGUUUCUCGCUGUCAAGGGCCAUCCUCAUGUCUACGCUGCACUUGUGGCCACCGAAAACUUAGGCAUAGACGCAAUCUGCGCCAUGGCGAUGGUACUGGUGAUCGUGUGCAGCGUCGUCUACAUCCCAUUCCUCAUAACCUACCUGGUCCGCCGGGCCCGCAAACGCUCCUCCGUCCAAAGAAUGACUCUCCAAUGGCUUGAGCCUUCCAACGAGCUCCGCAUGCUCCUCUGCCUCCGCGGCCUGGAGAACCUUCCGUCCUCCAUCAACUUCACGGAGAUCUCCCGCGGCACCUCCGCCGACCCCGGCACCACCGUCUACGUCACCGACAUGAUUGAGCUCACUGACAGCGUCGCCGCCACGCUGGUCCACGGCAGGGCCGCACCCGAAGAUGCCGCCGCCGCCAUGUCCGACCUCUCCGUCACCGAGAUGAGAAAGCAAAUCACCCACGAGUUCCAAGACUACGUGGAGGAGACUGGAGGCGGCAUCGUCAUCCGCCGCAUGCUCGCGGUCUCCACCAUGGCCACCAUGCACCAGGAUAUCUGCGUUUUGGCCAAGGACUUGAUGGUUUCCCUCAUAAUAUUGCCCUUCCACAGAAUUCAGUCGUCUGAUCGGAAACUUGACGAUAACCGGCCAGGGUUUCGAAACGUCAAUCGUCGGGUGUUGCGAAACCCGCCAUGCUCGGUGGGAAUACUUGUGGAUCGUGGCUUCAGUUCAAUAAACAAGAUAUCAAAAUUGACGUGUCUUCAAGUGGCGCUUAUCUUCAUUGGUGGAAAAGACGAUCGAGAAGCACUUGCAUAUGUUGGGCGCAUAGCACGACACCCUGGAGUGAAACUAACAGUGUUUAGGUUCAUGAUGGACACUAGCGAAACCACCCUUUCCUUGAGAACUCGCAUUUUUAAGUGCAGGGUGGACACGGGCAGUGCCGCAGAGUUGGAGAAGGAGGUAAGGUUGGACGAUGAGUACUUUGCCGAGUUUUAUGAGAGGCACGUUGUGGGGGAGCAUGUGUCCUACACGGAGAAGUAUCUGGUGAGUUCCAUGGACACCUACUUCACGCUACAAUCAUUGGAGAAGCAGUACACACUACUAGUGGUAGGGCAAGGUGGGGAAAGGGUGAAUUCCAUGUUGACAUGGGGGCUAAAUGAUUGGAACCAAUGCCCAGAGCUAGGGCUAAUCGGAAACAUGCUAUCAGAGUCCAGCUUCACAGCCACGGCGUCACUCUUGAUCAUCCAACAACAUCAUCUUAGAGGGGAAUUAGAUGGCCUUGAGGAUGACUUUUCCAUAUUGUAG